AUGUCAAAAUUUGAUCUAAUCAGGAACUUACAAAAUAUAAUAAAUACAAUACAAUCUGCAAAAAUUUGUAAAACAAUAAUCUUAAACUACACACUUCCUUUAAUUAAACUAACUAAAAUGAAUAAUUAUUAUAUGAACUAAUAGCAAAAUAUUGAGCUUCAUAAUAUCAAUUACUAGCAGCCUAUUGUGAUGGGAAUACCUGUUAGAUAGUAGCAACAUGGUUAAAUAUAGAAUUCAAAUUAUGAUUUAGAAACUAUAAAUACUCUAAAUGAUGAAAGUUAAUAGUUUUUAUUAGCAAAUCAAUAAAAUAAUAUAUCAUAUAGCAACAAUAGCAAUUAACAAUAAGGAAAUAUGCUUGGCUAGCAAAGAUAAAUAAAUAUAGCACCUCAAUAAAACACUGAAUCUUAAAAUAACUAGGAAUUUAUAAUACACAAGAUUUUACCAACAGAUACUUUAUUAGGAAUUUCUAUAUAAUACUAAGUUUCUGAACAUCGCAUUAAAGUAGCAAAUGAUUUACAUUCUGAUGAGAUUUACUACAAGAAGGAAUUAAAAAUUCCAAAUCCUAAAGCAAAUAACUUAAGCAACUUAGAAAUAGAUCCAGUUAAAGCUCGCGAAGAUUAGCUAAUUUUCUUCUUCAAACAUAAAAUACUCUAAGGAAAAGACUAGUAGACAAGGGUAGCUAGAAUAUAUUUAGAAGCUGCAGACUGGGAUAUCAACUAAGCAUAGUAAGACUACAAUGAAGAUUUAGAAGCAGAAUAAAAGGAUAAGAAAAAUAAAAAAUAUAAAUGA